AUGGAUUUUGACCAUCUUGCUGAACAGCAGUCGGAUCGUAUCUUCAAAGUAUGGUUGCAAAACUUGAUCAGAAAUUCCCCAGAGGAGUUGGCUGGUAAACUUGCUGCCAAACACCGGCAGGGCACACCGGUCUCUGCGUCACAGCCGUUCAACAGUGCCUUCAAUAUUGUUAUCGAGUUACUUACAAGACGGCUAUCGCGUUAUCGUUCAGUUUGCCGCUCUUGGUCGGGUUACCCUCCGCAAUGA